AUGUCUAUCGCACGACAACUAUUCCGUGAAUUCCGCCCUCUCUUUCGGAUGCUCGAAGAGCCUAUCACUCGUACUCCAGCCUCAUGGAAUAUGAGGUCUCACCCCUUCUUUGAUGACCCCUUUUUCUCAUCUCCAGGUUUUGGUCGACCUGCCGUUGAUGUGACAGAGCAGGGGAACAAGUACAUCGUUGAAGCGGAUCUUCCCGGUGUUGCAAAGGAGAACGUCGAGGUGAGAAUUGGUGAAGGGGGUCGUAGCCUUACUAUCGAGGGAAAGGUAGUGAGCAAAGGGCAGGAACCAGAGGCAACUCAGACGCAAGCCUCUGAAGGCGAACAAGCAGCUUCUACAGAAGGCAUGUCUUUUCUGAUUUCUGCUGAAAGGCAGUUCUGGAGUAAUUCUUCCUUUACUCGCACUGUUUGGCUUCCUCGUCCGGUUGACAGUAGCGGUGUUUCUGCACAGCUCAAGGACGGUGUCUUGACCGUGACCGUUCCAAAGGCCGAAGACAAGGCUAGCGUAGUGGUACCUGUACAGUAG